UAGAUUGCCUUGACCAUCCGUGCCCUGCUGCUUCCCUCAAGAUGAACGCCGCUACCGCUCUCCGGGCCAGAAUGGCCACCUCUUUCGUCGCCCGUCGUGGCUUUUCCACCACCCGCGCCCAGCUCGGCAGCCCAUACCACUACGCUGAGGGUCCUCGUUCGAACAUCCCCUUCAACCCUCUUACCAAGUUCUUCUUCUUCCGGUACUGGGCUUUCAUGAUCACCGGUUUCGGUGCUCCCUUCGCUAUUGCUGUCUGGCAGACCUACAAGACUCGCUAAGCGGGUUUUCGCAAUGUAUACCUUCUGCGCGCCGUGGGAUCAUUGGGCACUGGGAAUUGGUCGAAAAUGUACCCUACACUGGAAGUAUUCGGAAUCUAUGUAUAAAGCUAGGAAAUCGAUUAUUAAGCUCUGAA